GCAGUGGCCGCCCGCCCGCGCACAGUCGCAGUCUGCGGGCCAGCUGGGAGGCGGCGGAGGUAACCGAAGGGGGAGGUGGGGCAGCAUGGCAGCCUCCUUGCGGCUCCGCGGGGCCGCCUCCGGCCUCCAGUACUGGGCCUGCCGGCGGCAGCAGCCGGCAGGCGCCAGGCUUGCAGCGGUGUGUUCUAGGUCAAUGGCUUCCAAGACUCCAGUUGGAUUCAUUGGACUGGGCAACAUGGGAAAUCCAAUGGCAAAAAAUCUCAUGAAACAUGGCUAUCCACUCAUCGUUUAUGAUGUAUUCCCUGAGGCAUGCAAAGAAUUUCAAGAGGCAGGUGAACAGGUAGUAUCUUCCCCAGGAGAUGUAGCUGAAAAAGCUGACAGAAUUAUUACAAUGCUGCCUACCAGUAUUAAUACAGUAGAAGUUUAUUCUGGAACACAUGGAAUUCUCAAAAGAGUGAAGAAAGGCUCAUUAUUAAUAGAUUCCAGUACUAUUGAUCCUGCAGUUUCAAAAGAACUGGCAAAAGAAGUAGAGAAAAUGGGAGCUGUUUUCAUGGAUGCCCCUGUUUCAGGAGGUGUAGGAGCUGCCCGGUCUGGGAAUCUCACAUUUAUGGUGGGAGGAGUCGAAGAGGAAUUUGCUGCUGCCCAACAACUGCUGGGGUGCAUGGGCUCCAAUGUGGUAUAUUGUGGAGCUGUUGGGACUGGACAGGCUGCAAAGAUCUGCAACAACAUGCUAUUAGCUAUUAGUAUGAUUGGAACCUCUGAAGCUAUGAAUCUUGGAAUCAGGUUAGGGCUUGACCCAAAACUAUUGGCUAAAAUCCUAAACAUGAGUUCUGGACGGUGUUGGUCAAGCGACACUUAUAAUCCCGUCCCUGGGGUGAUGGAUGGAGUUCCCUCAGCUAAUAACUAUCAGGGUGGAUUUGGAACAACCCUCAUGGCUAAGGAUCUGGGAUUGGCACAAGACUCUGCAACCAGCACAAAGACCCCCAUCUUUCUGGGCAGUGUGGCCCAUCAGAUCUACAGGAUGAUGUGUGCAAAGGGCUACUCAAAGAAAGACUUCUCAGCGGUGUUCCAGUUUCUUCGGGAGGAGGAGAGCCUCUGAGUGAGCCUUUUGGCCUUGGACACUGAUGGGAACCAAAACUGUCUUGGAGCUUCCUUCUAGCUCAUUCCACAAGCAAAUGAGUUUAAUCAAAGGUCAUCUGUCAGCUUUCGAUUGUCUACGUUACAGUAAUCACUAUGAUUUUUAACUGCUUCUUCUUUUCAUCUGUUUAGCAAACAUACUAUCUAAAUUUUUUUUCCCUGCAAGUCACUGAUAGUUUCUGCUACCUAGCUGAAUUGACCUUUUUAAAAAGUUUGAUCCCUGAGCAUCUUCAAUUAAAUUGUUGGAUACUUCAAUCAGGAGUGGAGUCACUUUGCAAAUAGAACCAAACAUUUUGUCAACAGGAUGAAACCCAUGCUAAAGGAAAGAAAUUGAUGUACUGAGAGGAAUUAAAGAAAGUAUUGUGAAUUUCUAUGUGUAUCCUUGGGACGUUUGUCCUGUUAACCAAGUGAUAUGCUUGCCUUCCUCAGGCUACUGAUUUAUUUUCCAGGUUGGCAAUAAAGCAAAAGAGCUAUUAGCACAUGUUUGUAUAAUUUGGACUGCAUCACAGUAUCUUAGCGCUUCCCUCUUGUUACCACUUCAGGUGUUUCCACAGACAUGUUUCUAUAUUUUUUGCUUCCUUGUACAUUAUUAAUACCUAUUUUUGACUUCAAAAGAAUAACAUCUUUAGGCUGUUUCAGAGCCAAUGAUGAUACUUCCUUUAGAUAAUUAUUACAUUAUUCUAAAUAUAACCUACCUUAUUUUGAAUUCAAAUAAAUUUCUAUGCUGAUAAUA